AUGACAACGUUCGCAAUUUAUCCAGAUCUCAAGGAUAAGGUCGCCCUUGUCAUGGGAAUUGGACAGGUACAUGUUCCAGGCUCAGGAGCCUGGGGUAAUGGAGCAGCCGUUGCACGAGUUCUGGCUCAUAGUGGUGCACGAAUAUUCGGCUGCGAUCUGAAUCUUCCUGCAGCUCAGCAUACGGCUACUCUCAUAAAAAGGGAGGGAGGUUUCUGUGAAGUAAUGCACGGUGACGUGACAUCCGCAGCCGACAUUAAAGACGUUGUCGAUGCUGCCAUGACCAGAUACGGCCGCAUCGAUAUCCUCAUCAACAACGUGGGCGCAACUGCAACUGGCGACCCAGUCAGUAUGUCUGAGGACGUUUGGGAUCAUCAAAUCAGCCUCAACCUCAAAAGCGUCUAUCUUUCUUGCCAUGCGGUGCUCCCUAUCAUGGAAAAGCAAGGAUCGGGCAGCGUGGUUAACAACGCCUCAAUUGCUGGCCUGAGAUACAUCGGGAAGCCGCAGAUUGCUUACUCUUCCGCCAAGGCAGCUGUUAUUCAGUUUACAAAAGUGACUGCGGCAAUGUAUGCAGCUAAAGGGAUUCGCCUGAACUCGGUGGUACCUGGGUUGAUACACACUCCGCUUGUGGAAAAGCUGAAGCUUAAUGGUGACCACGAAGUCUACCAACGGAUUUGUCAACAGCCUAUCCCAAUGGGCCAUAUGGGUGAUGCGACUGAUGUGGCGAACGCGACAGUAUUUUUAGCCAGUGAUGUUGCAAAAUACAUUACUGGUCAAAUGUUGGUUGUUGAUGGUGGUUUCACGUCUUGCUCUGGAAUAGUGUAA